GAAGACAAAAGAGGUUAGGGGUCGGAACUCAAGAAGGGACAUGCAACAGGAGUUGAUGAAGGCUCCCCGUCCUGAGAAGCGUAAUAGGGGGCAACGAAGGAAUCAAUCCCCUCGUCCCUCGCAGGAGUCGCCCAACCUCGGCAAAGAGCUCGAUCCUUCUAGACGACGCCGGCUGAUCCUCCAGGAAGAAUCAGAAGAGGACUUUGUUGUGCAUGAAGUCCCCAUGCAGAAUCGGCCUUUGGAGACGUUGGGAAAAGGUGGUUCCGCUUCAAACAACCAGGACAAUGAGCAGCCGAAUGCUCCUCGUGCUGGGCUUCCUAGCCUGCAGCAAAACAUGGCCAAGCAGGCAAUGGAGCCUAAGGAGACGGAUAGGGAUAUCCCCGACCAACUACUGAAGCCGAUUGAGCAUUCCUCUCGCAGUGGUGUGAUCAUUGAUGCUAAGCCCCUGCGUGUUUGUCCUCCUCGGCGAGAGUUGGUGGAGCAUGGUCCGAUGUUGGGAGCAUAGGCUGAUGUUGAUAGCUCCAACUUCUUGGCUGAGCCGGGGAAGGUCCCGAGUACGGGCUGUCAUG